AUGGAUUCCACACAGAACGCAGGCCGCCAGUCUCCCCCACCGGAGCGCCAAUCCGGCAUCCAGCAGCGUGAUCCCCCCGCCAGCGGCAAGAUCGGAGAUUCAUCUUCCCGCCCAGCACCGGAGUUUGCGCAGAACGAAUCCAACCGAUCGAAGAGUGACACUUUGACAAGCAACCCCGAGCAUCCGUUGGAGAAGAUCGAGGCUGCGAAGUACGCGAAAUAA